UUCCGUCGUCUGCUACCGACUGCGCAUGCUCAGUGGAUGUAGGUACCAACCUGUCAAAUGCAAAUGUUGAUUAUGCGAGGACGACAUUUCGGAUUGGGUUUUAUAGACCUAUAAUUCUAGUAGAUUGCUAUUUUGUGUUUGCUAACAUGCUUGAUCCGUCAUCAAGCGAAGAAGAAUCCGAAAAUGAAACUCAGGAUGAGGAAAACUCUGAUGUCCUUAGCCUACCCAGUGCUGAACAGAGAAGCCUCUCGGCAAGUGGGGAUAACUUGAGUGUGGUUGGUGGACACUCCAGGUCCAACAGCAUACGUCCUUCCAGUCCUAGCCCGUCUCUAGCUAGUGACAGGGAAAAAAUCGUAGAGGAUGUUGAGAAACUGGAAAGACAGGAGGAGGAAAGAAAGAAAAGAUUACAACUGUAUGUAUUUGUAAUGAGAUGCAUUGCUUAUCCAUUUAAUGCAAAACAACCCACAGACAUGGCAAGGAGGCAAACAAAAAUCACUAAACAGCAGUUACAAACAAUAAAAGAAAGAUUUCAUGCUUUUCUCAGUGGUGAAACAAACAUUGUAGCAGAUGAAGCAUUUACAAAUGCUCAUCAAAGCUAUUAUGAAGUAUUUUUGAAAAGUGACCGUGUGGCAAAUAUGGUAAAAAGUGGAGGUUGCUCUGCUAAUGAUUUUCGGGAAGUCUUUAAAAAUAACAUUGAGAAAAGAGUACGCAGUUUACCAGAGAUUGAUGGUUUAAGUAAAGAAACUGUUCUCAGUUCAUGGAUGGCAAAAUUUGACGCAAUAUUUAGAGGAGAUGACGAUCCAAGAAAACAACCUCAGAGAGCAACAACUGCUGCUUCAGAAUUGAUCCUCAGUAAAGAGCAAUUGUAUGACAUGUUCCAAAACAUACUUGGUGUUAAAAAGUACGAGCAUCAGAUAUUAUACAAUGCUUGCCAGUUGGAUAAUGCUGAUGAGCAAGCUGCCCAAGUACGAAGAGAGCUUGAUGGACGGUUACAGUUAGUUGAAACCAUGGCACGGACUCGUCGUCAUCCAAAGUUUGUUGUCAAAGAAAUGGAAAGUAUGUACGUGGAUGAGCUGAAAUCUUCCAUCAAUCUGCUCAUGGCCAACCUGGAGAGCUUGCCUGUGUCAAAGGGAGGAACGGAGAACAAAAUAUCUAUCCACAAACUUGGAAAAAGGUAUAACCGGACUCAACAUUCUUCCCUGUCUAAACUGGACAUCAAUGAGGAUAAUGAACCAGGGCUUUCCAAAUUGGAUGUGGUGCUAUCAUUUACACUGGAGGUGCAUGUGAUAGAAGUGAAAGGUUUGAAGUCAUUAGCUCCCAAUAAGAUUGUGUAUUGCACUAUGGAGGUGGAAGGUGGUGAAAAGCUUCAAACAGACCAAGCCGAAGCAUCAAAACCAUGUUGGGACACACAAGGAGAUUUCACAACAACACACCCCUUACCAGUUGUCAAAGUUAAACUCUAUACUGAAAGUUCUGGGAUGCUUAGUCUGGAGGAUAAAGAGCUUGGAAAGGUUAUCAUUCAACCAACUGCUAAUAGUAGUCGCAUUGCUGACUGGUAUAAAAUGCAGAAUACUAAAAACUUUCCAGACAAGCUUGUCAUCAAAAUUGCAGUAAGGAUGGAUAAACCACAGAAUAUGAAACAUUGUGGGUACCUUUAUGCAUUUGGUAAAACAGUCUGGAAAAAGUGGAAGAAAAGAUACUUUGUACUUGUUCAGGUUUCUCAGUACACAUUUGCUAUGUGUAGCUAUCGUGAGAAGAAACCAGAUCCAACUGAAAUGAUGCAACUUGAUGGAUUUACAGUUGAUUACUGUGAACCACUGCCAGAACUGGAGGGCGGCAAAUGUUUCUUCAACCUGGUGAAAGAAGGAGACAAUGUAACAUUUGCUACAGAGGAUGAGUCGGAGCGUACGUUAUGGGUUCAGGCUAUUUACAGAGCCACAGGGCAGACUCACAAACCAGUGCCACCUGUUGUCCAGACAAACAAAAUUAGCAACACACAGAUUUCUAGGAUGCAAGGAGAUGCCGACAGGGCUCGAAAGCAUGGUCUUGAUGAGUUUGUUCAAGGCGACCCAUGUACAUUCGAUCACCAUGAUCUGUUCAAGUUACUGCAAGUCCUCACACUAGACUACAGAUUAGAUGAUGCUUACACCUGUCUGGGAUGGUUCAGCCCAGGCCAGGUGUUUGUGUUGGACGAAUACUGUGCCCGGUAUGGAGUCCGAGGAUGUCACCGUCACUUGUGUUACCUCAACGACCUGCUGGAGCGAGCUGAGAAAGGCAUCAUGAUAGACCCAACACUGAUUCACUACAGCUUUGCAUUUUGUGCGUCACAUGUGCACGGAAACAGACCUGAUGGCAUUGGAACUGUUUUGUAUUGUGAGAAAGAGAAGUUUGAUGAAAUAAAGGAAAGACUGAGGAUUCUUCUUGAAAACCAGAUUACUCAUUUCAGAUACUGCUUUCCAUUUGGAAGACCAGAAGGUGCACUGAAAGCCACACUGUCCCUUCUUGAAAGGGUAUUGAUGAAAGACAUUGUGACCCCAGUUCCACCAGAAGAAGUCAGACAGGUGAUCAAGAAGUGUUUGGAAAAUGCUGCACUUGUCAACUACACAAGAAUCUCAGAAUAUUCAAAAAUUGAAGAUGCUCUUGCUGAGGACGUACCACCCAAGAAGAAGCUGGAAGAUAUUAUGCACCUCACAGAACUAUGCAUCGAGGUUCUACAGCAGAACGAAGAACACCAUGCAGAGGCAUUUGCCUGGUUUAGCGACUUGCUCGUACAGCAUGCCGAGAUAUUUUGGUCCCUGUUUGGUGUGGACAUGAAUGCAGUUCUUGAUGCCCAGCCACCUGACACCUGGGAUAGUUUUCCACUCUUCCAGCUGCUCAAUGAUUAUCUCAGAACAGAUGAAAACUUAUGCAAUGGUCGAUUUCAUCAGCAACUGAGAGAUGUUUUUGCACCACAGGUUGUCAGAUACGUUGAUUUAAUGGAAUCAUCUAUUGCCCAGUCAAUUCAUAAGGGUUUUGAACGAGAGAAAUGGGACCAAGUGGGGAAUGGUUGUGGUACAUCGGAAGACAUUCUCUGGAAACUUGAUGCCUUACAGUCUUUUAUCCGUGAUCUCCACUGGCCAGAAGAAGUUUUUGCUGAGCAUCUUGAUCACAGACUUAAGCUAAUGGCUGCUGACAUGAUUGAGGCAGCUGCCAAAAGGACACUAAAAUCAUUUGAAAGUUACUUGAGAAAGGGAGGAAAAGGGUGUGACUACAUUACAUAUGCAGAGAUCUGUACCAUGAUGAAUGUCAUCAUCGACUUGAAAAAUAAGGCCCUUCACCUCUGUGCCUUGGAUAGUGGCCAAAAUAUGCAUCAGUAUCAUACCAAGAUAGAUGAAUUCUUGGAACGAGUUCAAGUCCAGAUGGUCAAAUGCCUUGUUGAAAAGCUGUUGUCUGUAUUAGAAUCGGUGUUGAGCAAAUUGGCCCGCUAUGAUGAGGGGACAUUUUUUGCAUCAAUAUUGUCAUUAACAAAACCAGUGAAUGAGCUUGGAAAGUCGUAUGUUGAUUUCAUGCGAGGAAACUUGGAUCAGCUGAGGCAAAAAAUUACUGAUGAACUGUAUACCUUGACCAUAUUUGAGGAGUGGUAUACCGGUCAGAUGAAAAUGGUCUGUGAUUGGUUGACUGAUCGCCUUGACCUCUCCCUGCACCCUUAUCAGCUGAACUGUCUGAUGGCUAUAAACAGGAAAUGUUAUUCAGAUUUUGAGCUGCAAGGAGUCCCAGAAAACUGCUUGAACUGCAAAACAUACCAAACCAUCUGUAGCCGACUUCAGGUUGAAGAAGCCACCCAGUCCGUAACACAGUCUGAAAGCAGCAGCCGAACAACCUUCUUGGGUCGAAGUAAUAACAUCAGUGAAGAUGAAUCAGACUAAAGUCUUUAUUUACAUUUGAGGAAUGUAUGCACAGUUUGCAGAAAGCAAACAGAAAUAACAGAUUAUAAUGACAUUUUAAGUGGAAUUGUUUAAAUGGUCCAUUAGAAUUAAAUAGUUAGGUGUUUUAUUUUUUUGUGACAUAAUUAAAAAAAAAUGUCAGUAUUUAUUAAAAAAAACAAGACACUAGACAAUUUCUAGGUUAACAGUAUUUGUUGUUGAAGCUUAUUUAUUUACUUCCUGUAGACACUUGGGUGUCUUUCUAAAACAAAUAGGAAUUUUAUAGUCUUAAGUUAUAAUGUCCGUUUGUAUAUCUGAGUGGGUUUUUUUUAAAGAUGAUUGUGAUAUAAAAUCAUUUCUAUAAGCAUUUGCAUAUAGUUUUUCUGUAGUACAACACCAAAGAGAAAUGUGAUUGACAGAAAUGAAAAUGGUACAAUUGACAUUAGGGAUACUGAAUCAAAAGUAUGUGCCAUUUGCCACUAGCCUGAUCAUUAUUCCACAAGGUGUGCAAGAUUUACUGUCUAGACAGCUGAUACAAUUAUAUCUAUAUUUUAAGGACCAAUGACUUUAUUUAUUUAUUAAGUGCGGACUCAUAGGUGUUACUAUUCUGGCAACUGAUAGUCUUAACUAUAUGUCAACAUUCACUGACUUGAGAGUUGUUGAGAUCUGUAUUAAGUAUUUAUGUUAUUUGCAAAGUUAACCAAACAUCAGUCAUAGCUGGACCAGUGGUUGAUGAUGCUCUUUGGUUGUUGCACCUUUAUUUUAUGGGUAUUGACAUAGUGAUCCCAAGUUCGUUAUUGGUCUACACUGUGUUUGGCAUUUAAAGCAUUGCUAAGUACAUGCAUGUCAUAUGCCAAAGGUCAGUGUCAAUAAAUUGGAUUAAAAGCCAUUAUUAAAGUUUUUGGGGAGUGUAUAUUGGCAUGUAAGUUUGCCAAUGUUUAGCAUGCAUAUAUAUAUAUAUAUAUAUAUAUAUAUAUAUAUAUAUAUAUAUA